AAAACUCAAAAUUUCUUCUUUUAUUUUCAUUUUGUUAUAAUUAAUUUUUUUCAAUAUUUGAGAAAAUUGAACAUGGAUCCUCCAACAAAAAGUUGGAGCAUCCAUACCCGACCCGAAAUCACAACCAAAUACUCCAUCUUCACCCACAUCGGCUCCGGCACCUACUCCGACGUCUACAGCGGCCGCCGUCUCUCCGACGGAACACCCGUCGCGUUGAAAGAAAUCCACGAUCACCAAUCAGCAUCACGAGAAAUCACCGCUUUACGCAUUCUUCGGGGCUCCGAAAACGUGGUUUUCAUGCAUGAGUUCUUCUGGAGAGAGGAUGAAGAUGCUGUGAUUGUGUUGGAGUUUUUGAAGAGUGAUCUGGGUACUGUGAUCAGAGAUGGGUUUGGUGGUGGUGAAGUGAAAGGGUGGAUGAUGCAGAUUGUUAGUGGGGUUUAUGAUUGUCAUAGGAAUGGGAUUGUUCACAGAGAUUUGAAGCCGGAGAAUUUCUUGGUUUCGGAAAAUGGGGUUUUGAAAAUUGCUGAUUUUGGACAGGCAAGGAUACUUGUGAAGUCUGGAUUUGAUGCAACAAAUCAUGGAAGUUCAUCCCAUUCCCAACAUCCUCAUGAUGUUAUUCCCUUAUCAGACAAUGCAAACCAAACUGGAUAUGAAAAUCAAGACGAGGAGGAAAGAAUGACUCAUGAUGAAUAUUUUAGAGUGUUAGAUGAGCUGAAAAUUCAGAGUCACACAUAUGACACUGAUGAUAAGGACACCAACACGCAUGACGGUAACAACUCGUGCCGUGCAACAUGCACAACUAGUGACGACGACGAUGAUGCUUGGAAGAAUUCUUUGCCAUAUGAAGCAAAUGAAGAGAGGGAUGAAAAACUAGAUGGUUUCCUCACAUCAUGUGUUGGAACUAGAUGGUUUAGGGCACCUGAACUACUUUAUGGAUCAACUAAUUAUGGUUUAGAGGUUGAUCUUUGGUCAUUAGGAUGUGUCUUCGCUGAGUUGUUAACAUUGAAGCCUUUGUUUCCUGGAACAGGUGAUAUUGAUCAGAUUAGUAGAAUCAUUAGUGUUUUGGGUAAUCUCGAUGAGGAAGCUUGGAGUGGUUGUUCUAAACUUCCUGAUUAUGCAAGAAUUUCUUUUAAUAAGGUGGAAAACCCUAUUGGUCUUGACGCGUGCAUGCCAAAUUGUUUGCAAGAUGAAGUUUCCUUGGUCAAAAGAUUGCUCUGUUAUGAUCCAGCUCAGAGAGCCACUGCGGCGGAGUUACUUCAUGACAAGUACUUCUCUGAAGAACAACUUCCUGUUCCUAUUUCUCAGCUAAGAGUUCCUUCAACUUAAAAUGGACAAGAAUGAGAUUCUUCAAGUGGGUUUGAUGGUAACAAACAAAUGAAAGGAUUGUGAUUCUAAUUUUGAGGACUGACACUCGAAGAUAUGAUUGCAUAUUGAAUUCUAUUUUUUUAAUUAUUGUUAAAUAUAUUUAUGAUCCCUGUGAAAUUGGAAAAAAUUGAUUCUUGUCUUCUGAAAGGUUUUAUUUGUUCCUGAAAUUACAAAAUUGUGUGUUUUUUAGUCUGGGGGACGAGGACUGAAAAUACAUUUUUUUGACAAUUUAUAGGGAUAGGCAAUAUUUUAAUAUUCAUGUGUACAAAUAUAGUGAAUUCUGGGAGCAUUAUAUGCAUGGAAUUGAAUUUGGCAUUUGUGUAUUUCUAUUGGUAUUCUAUUUGCUGCA